GUGCGAGUGGGGACCCACAGGCCUGCGGCCCCCGAGGUGUGGGCAGAGCGUGGAAGGGCAAAGUGCCAGGAAACAGAGUCAAGCCUCUGCCCAAGGUCCAGCAGCAGUGGCCUCAUUUACCUAGGAGGCGGGCUUCCUCCCGCGGGGAUUCCCUGGCGGGCGGAACAGGGGCCCUUCCUCUUGGCAGCCUCGGGACCUGGGCAGGUGCUGGCACAGGGCCCGGCUCGAUGUGGGGUGGGAGCAGGCCUCAAGGAGGCUUCAGGGUCGGCCCGCAGGACGCUGGGGCCCAGGAACACGGGAACCUCGACCCCGGGAUCCCGGGAAGGACCCCUACCGUGAUGGGGUGCUUGGGGCCGUCUCUUCUCGCUUCACCCAGAGCCUUAUGUAACAGCUUUUCUCGGGAAACAGGAAGUCGUGUUUGCCAAGUUCAGCACAGAGAGUGGUGCCGGCCUUAUUCCAGCGCGCCCGGCCUGGCCUUAACCCCAGAGCCCGGCCGGUUUCUUGCUUCAGGGACCCUGGCUCUCCUCGCGGGCCUCUUUCCUCCCUUCUUACCUCCAGUCAGUCCUAGCAAACUCGCCCGGAGCUCACUCCUCGGCCUGGGCCAGGGGGUCUUCCGCCCUCAUCCCUUGACCCUCCACACUGCCCAGCUUGUCCCUUCAUCCCUGCUCCUGGCACCAUGCCCCACCGCCAGCCAACCUUCCCUCCCCCACUGCUGGGGCCGCCCCAGGUUCCUGCGCUUUGGCCGCUCCUCCUGGGUGCCACCGCAGCCCUGUGCUUCCUCGAGGGACGGGCACCACGUUCUCCGGAGGCUGCAGGGUGGGGGGCUCAGCAACACUGGCCCCGCAGCAGCGUGCCAGGAGCACCCGGUGCCCUAGCUUGCUUUCCUCCUCCCUCCUUUUUAUUCUCAAGUUCCUUUUUAUUUCUCCCUUGCGUAACGCCCUUCUCCCUUCGGCACCACUGCCUGCACCUCCUUGCCACCCACUCCUGAAGCCACCGCUGUUGGCAGGGUCCCCAGCUCAUGCCAGCCUCAUCUCCUUCCUUUCCAGCCCCCAGAGGGCCCCCGGGAGACAUGGGGGGCCGGGUCCGAGAGCCAGCGCUCUCAGUUGCCCUCUGGUUGAGUUGGGGGGCGGCUUUGGGGGCUGUGGCUUGUGCCAUAGCUCUGCUGAUCCAACAAACAGAGCUGCAAAUCCUACGAAGAGAGGUGACCCAGCUGCAGAGGACUGGGGGGCCCUCUGGAAAGGGGGAAGGGUACCCAUGGCUGAGCCCCCAGGAGCAGAGCCCUGACAGCCUGGGAGCCCUGGAGAAUGGGGAGAGGUCCCGGAGAAAGAGAGCAGUGCUCGCCCAUAAGCAGAAGAGGAAGCACUCGGUUCUGCAUCUUGUUCCCCUGAACAUGACCUCCAAGGCGGACUCUGAUGUGACAGAGUUGAUGUGGCAACCGGCUCUUAUGCGUGGGCGAGGUCUGGAGGCCCAAGGAUACGUUGUUCGAGUCUGGGAUGCUGGAGUGUACCUGCUCUAUAGCCAGGUCCUGUUUCACGAUGUGACUUUCACCAUGGGUCAAGUGGUGUCCCGGGAGGGCCAGGGAAAGCAGGAGACCCUCUUCCGCUGUAUACGGAGCAUGCCCUCCAACCCAGACUGGGCCUACAAUAGCUGCUACAGCGCAGACUGUGAUUUCAGGAAUAUAAAGGAGGGAGAGUAUCUUGCUUUUGUCUCUGAUCUAGCCCCAGGUUCUUGGGGCUGUGGAGGGCGAGGAGAGAAUGCCAGGCAUUGUCUCCCUGCUCCGGGCCCUGGAACGCUUCCAGGACGGCACCGCCACCUAGCGGCGGCCUGCGAGAACCGCCUGCCGGCGGAGUGCACAAAGCCGCCCCGCGCGAGGAAACUCCCGGCUCCGGCGCCGCACCUUCCUCGAGGCAUCCAUCCUGUCUCUUCGCCGCACCCUCACUCCCCUCCACCCACCGCGCCUCGGCUUCCAUCACGAGAGGACUAUUUAUUGCGGGACUCGGCAGGGGAUGCCCGACGACGACGGUCCCCGUGCGGCCACGUUCCUCUUUGGGUCCCAGGUUUUGCCUUUCAUGCUCGGCAUCCCCCGGCGGGGCAGGCCGCUCCAAGCCCCUCUGGGCUGAGACGGGUCGCCGGGGAGCCUUGGAUGAAACCAUUGCACGUCUUGAUGCUGGUCUUGCCUCACGCCUUUCUUUGUUCUACUCAAAAUUAAUAAAAGAGAAUAAGUGAUA